CCGGCGCUGACUUUCAGCAGAGGUUGGGGCAGGAGGCGGAGUUGCGGGCCGGCCGCCCCCGCGCCCGGCCGGGAGGAGCCCGCGCCCUGCGCCCCGCGCUUUCCAUGGUGGGCCCCGCGCUUUCCAUGGCGGGCCCCGCGCUUUCCAUGGCGGGCCCCGCGCCGGGGUGGCGGCCGCUGCCGCUCGCCGCGCUGGCCCUGGUCGUCCUGGCGCUGGGCUCGGGGCUGCCCGCGGCCCGGGCCGGGCAGACGCCGCGCCCCGCCGAGCGAGGGCCCCCGGUGCGGCUCUUCACCGAGGAGGAGCUGGCGCGCUACAGCGGCGCCGAGGAAGAUCAGCCCAUCUACUUGGCGGUGAAGGGAGUGGUGUUUGAUGUCACUUCCGGAAAGGAGUUUUACGGGCGAGGAGCCCCCUACAAUGCCUUAACCGGGAAGGACUCCACCAGAGGGGUGGCCAAGAUGUCGCUGGACCCUGCAGACCUCACUUAUGACACUACGGGGCUCACGGCUAAGGAGCUGGAGUCGCUGGAAGAGGUCUUCACCAAGGUGUACAAAGCCAAGUACCCCAUCGUUGGCUACACAGCCCGGCGGAUCCUCAACGAGGAUGGCAGCCCCAACCUGGACUUCAAGCCCGAAGACCAGCCCCAUUUUGACAUCAAGGACGAGUUCUGAUGUCCCGAUGCAGGGCGGCUUCCUGGGGGGAGGUGGGGGACAGGCACCAAAUCUCCUGCAAAGCAGGCUUCCGGGAGCCUUCAGGUCACCCGGAUCUGAAUAAAGCAGACUUUAACCAGAACAGCAGCUGCCUUUGCAGUCCUCGUCAGGAGCUCUGUCCACCCGGCGUCCCUGCCUGCACACGGCAGGGUUCUCAUUGUAGCCCCAGCCAGAAGCCGCUGAAUGGCAUCAUCGGCCAUCUGGACCUCGGAUUUGGAGUGACCUUUGUUUCUUCUUUAUACUUUUCUGUACUUGCCGAAUUUCCUACUGUGAUACCAUUUAUAAUAAGAACAAAAAUAAACUUCCCGUUGAAACAAA